CUUGACGAAAACUGUGAGUAAAGGAAAUGACUCAGUGCCAACCUUUGCGCCAUAACUACUCUGACAGAGCAUAAUACACGAAUAAUAGAGUAUGGCUGGAGAACCUACUGAGAGACCUGAACUGGGAGAUGAAGGAGAAGAAGGAGACGCGACAGAUGCCAAACCUGACCGCAGGGGGAGAUUUCUGCUGUUUGGGAGUAAGAAGAAUAAGGAUGGCCAGACGCGGGAGCAGGACUACUCUUCUGAAAGCCAUUACAGAAUUGUUUCACCAACAUUCCAGUAUAAGAUGAGCCACCAGCGAGUGGGCAAGUGCAUCAUCAUCAACAACAAAAACUUUGAUGAAAAGACAGGGAUGAAUGUACGCAAUGGCACGGACCGAGACGCAGGUGAGCUGUUCAAGUGCUUCAAGAGCCUGGGCUUCGAUGUCUGUAUUUACAAUGAUCAGACAUGUGAGAAGAUGGAGCGUCUUCUCAGAGAAGCCUCGGAGGAAGACCAUAGUGACAGCUCGUGUUUCGCCUGUAUCCUGCUAAGCCACGGUGAGGAGGGCAUGAUCUACGGCACAGAUGGAGCCAUGCCCAUCAAGACCAUGACCUCGCUGUUCAGGGGGGACAUGUGCAAAAGCUUAGUCGGAAAGCCAAAACUCUUCUUCAUCCAGGCUUGUCGGGGUUCCGAAUUUGAUGAUGGUAUACAGACAGAUUCGGGUCCGCCGAACGACACCCUGGAGACCGAUGCUAAUCCGAGACAUAAGAUCCCUGUAGAGGCAGAUUUCCUCUUUGCCUACUCCACUGUGCCAGGGUAUUACUCAUGGAGGAACCCUGGACGCGGCUCCUGGUUUGUCCAGGCGCUCUGCAACGUCCUCAACGAGUUUGGCAAGCAGCUGGAGAUAAUGCAGAUCCUGACACGGGUCAACUACAUGGUGGCCACCAGCUUUGAGUCCUGGUCUGAAGACCCACGCUUCAGUGAGAAGAAGCAGAUUCCCUGCGUGGUCUCUAUGCUGACGAAAGAACUGUAUUUCAACUGACCGCCAACCUAACUGACCGGACUGUAUGCUAUCAAAGACUGACUGACUGACUGACUAGACUGACUGUUUCAGGUACUGGCUAAGCGGUCAAAGCAUUCAGGGAUGAUUCAGGCCCAGCAGGACACUGCACAUUCGGAGCACAUAACAUUUUGCAUGUGUAGUUGGGCCCGAAAACCAGCACUCGUAAGAAAAAAAAAAAAUUUUACAGUGGCACUCCGCGUUCAUGUGUUGAUGGUGAAAUUUAUUCCACUUCUUCAGGUUGUUCUUCAGAAAAAUGGCGUCACAUUUGAUCUGAUCUUUGUCGACAGGCAUUGUGAAAUAUCCAUGUUAUUCUACCGGCCCGGAAAAUUUGCUGCCAGUUUUUGUGGGUUUGGGGAAUCAUAUCUGAAUAUGUGUCUCUCUAUUUUCCAGCAUUUGCAGUAGAUGUUUUAAGGGACUGUACCUACUGGACAAGGGCAAGCAAGGACGGGUAAAAGUUGGCAGUAGCAAUUACUGCCAUGGAAUCAGCUUCUGAGUAACUGAAAUAAUUGUUGUUCUGAGAGUAGUCUCUCCAGAAACUGAUCAUAAACCUGUCUAAUGCAGUCCAGUGCAUCUGUAGAGUGUACAAUACUCUAUCACUAUUACACAGUAAAAUAAAUUAUAAACUAGGUGAGAGUUGAAUGUUUUAAAGCAUUAAUUCAUCUUGUCCUUUUAUAUUUAUACAAUAUGAUUUUUUAAAAAACAAUAAGUGAAGGCUCUUUUGAGAUGCACUAAGAGGUGUAUAGAAAUUUUCUCUAUGAGAGUGAAUAGAGUGAUUACAAAUUCAAAUGGGAGAGAUGAGGGACCUGCCUUGAUUAUAAACACUGAAUUGUUAUUAUCAUCUGGAAAAUGGAUUAGAUCAUUUUCAGCUAUCCGUGUUUUAAUGUUUUCAGCUGUCAGUUGUCAAAAACAAAAGAGACAAAAGAAAAAGACAACACUCCUCUGAGCAGAAACAUAUCACGAUGCUCUUGCCAAAGGCUCAGUGUCUCAGCCUUCCUAGCAAGUUUAAGUUGGUAGCAGCAUGCUGGCAUCCUCAGGUUCUUUAAUGUCCCAUGAAGUGGGUAAAUGUAAUGUUAAAGAAUUUCAUAUACGUAUGGCUAGGAAGGUGUGAUCUUUUGCUGUGUAGUGAUUAGUUCUAUGAGAUUUUGGGUCAAGUGCAUAGUUCAUAGUCCACCCCCAUGAAGGCAAUAAUCAUUUGCAAUUUUGCGAGUUUUCACAGCGUGAUGUUGAAGACUUCACUUGCUUGUCAUUCAAGCACGAGAAGGUGAAGUUCGUGUAUUUGCAUCCGAUCAAAAAUAAUGCACUUGUCUUAUUUAUUAGUCAAAUCAGUUUUAUGAAUUUCCCUUUUUGAAAUCUUUCAAAUUAGACAUUCCUCUUAAAUACCUUUAUGGAAUGAUAGAAUACACGCUGCUGGGUUUUUACACCAGAUAGAGAAUUUAAGAAUGUCUAAAACUGUUAUAAACUUGGGAAAUAUCAUAUUGUAAAGCUGGACUGGGGCCCAAAGCACAAAUGCCACAUCAUUUCACUGUAUAUUAGUGUUGUACAUUGUCAUACUCUACACUGUAGUAACAGGUGCCAAGCAAUGUCUUACUAUUCUAACUUUAAAAAUUGAGAUUUGCUUUCGAGUGAUUUUAAAAACCCAAACGAUUAAAAAUAAAAAAAUAAAAUAGAUUUAUAUAUUAUUUUUAAGCACUUUGUGCACUUUGCCAAGUUUUUUUCCAAAAAUAUUGCAUAAUUUAGUAAGUGAAUUACUAUGACAAAUUAUAUGGUAAAAUCUGAAAAUAUGUUGUUUCAUAUAUAAAAGACAUUUGCUGCUGGUCCUUACAAUUUACACAAAGUUUGUUUAUGCAGAUACACUCUUAUUGUUCCCAAGUCUGUCAUUCACAGAGGCAGCUAUUACUGGUGGUGACAAGUCUGAACAUACACAAUCCACAUGUCUGCAAUACACACACACACACGCGCACACACACACACUGUUGCUGCAAUGUUUUUAAAUUAUUCACGAUUGCAUGUAUAUAAUUUAGGGGGAAAGGUCAGCAGUAGCUUUCAUUUUCUUAUUACACUUUCUCCUUUUCUCGCUUUGUAUUUUUUUAUCAGUCAUUUUUAAUUAUUUUAAUAACACUUACAUAAUAUUUAUAGGUGCCAGGAGUGUGAUCAAUACUGGCAUUGCCCAUUCUUGUCCAAUACAGCCACAACUCUUGAGCCCUCUCGACACAUGGAUCUCUGAUCAGUGAUGUGGUGCCCAACCUGUGCUGAAAGGAGUGUUUGCUCCACUUGUUUUGGAAUGGAAUUGAAGGAGGGAAAAAAUUAUUUUUAGGGGUAAAAUUUUAAUGCUUUCCGGUGUUAAAUGCUGUUGUCCUCAGGAAUAUAUUUGAAAAUAUUUGGAAAAAUGAAUGAAUGAAUUACAUUGAAAUUAUAAUCUGGCCCGAUAUUUUAUUCAUUUGGGGCAAUACCUUGUUUAAAUAACUUCAAAACAGAGGAAUGCUUAUGUAAACAAUUUAUUGUAUUAAA